AUGAAUCUAAAUUUCGUCUUAAAUCUUGAUGAUUCUCAAGAUUAUCAAAACUUUCAAAGUUAUGAAACCUCACAGUUUUUUGCAAAUCCUAAUCAAUUUCCCAUCACUGAAAAUGUUCAAACCUCACAAAAUACCGGAAAAAAUCCAAGAGGUGAUAAAUGGGAUGCUGAUGAAGAUAUCGCUUUAAUGUCAGCAUAUUGUAUCGUUAGUGAAAAUGAGAGACGUGGAAAAAACCAAAAGAAAACAUCAAUAUGGGCACAAGUGAAGGAGCUAUAUGAUGCAAAUCAGGCGGAAAACCCAGGAAAGAUUGGUAACAGGAACAUAGCUCAAAUGAAAGGUCGUUAUAAACGACUUAAUGAAAGUGCUGGCAAAUGGGUUGGUGUUUAUCGAGAAGCAUAUAGAAAAAGAAGAAGUGGAAUGAGUAUGAAAGAUUUUGAGAAUGAAGCUCAUAAAUUGUAUGAGACAAGUGGAAGCAAGUUCAAUGACACAAUUGUUUUUAAUGAGGUUAUGUGUAAACAUCGAAAAUGGGAUUUACAGCUAGAUCAUGAUGCAACACGAUCACGUCCUGAAUAUGAAGUGGGUGAUGAAGAAGAAUCUUUUGAAUACUCUACUCAACGAAUUGGAGAUCUAUCCCGUUAUAUGACCAACAGGGCACAAGUUCGCAAUAGAGAAGCUCAUAACGCUCUAAAAAACGAUUUGAUUGAGCAUAUAUGGAAAAAAUUUAGCACUGAAGAAUAA